CUGGUUUAGCGUUACAGUGCCCCGCCCCUUUCUGGAGUGGCGUUAUAUAGCAAAAAAAGUUGAGUGUUUAUGGAUGAGCGUGCACAAAAAAAUCGUUCCAGGCUCGAGACAGACCGACGUUAGGCUGCAAUGAAAGAGGAUUCUGCCAAAGCAGGCCUCCCCAAUGGUGGCAACCAGGAUGUGCUGCCGCCCUGCGAGCAGAAGAUGGAGGAGCGAGGCCAGUGGAGCAACAAGCUGGAGUUCAUCCUGUCGGUGGCGGGCUCCAUCAUCGGCCUGGGCAACAUGUGGCGCUUCCCCUACCUCUGCUACAAGAACGGAGGAGGCGCCUUCCUCAUUCCGUACCUGAUCUUCCUCUUCACUUGUGGCGUUCCCGUCUUCUUCCUGGAGACGGCCCUCGGUCAGUACACCAGUCAGGGCGGCAUCACCUGCUGGAGGAAGAUCAGCCCCUUGUUUGAAGGUCUUGGUUAUGGCACCCAGGUGAUCGUGACUCUGCUCAACUUCUACUACAUCAUCGUUCUGGCCUGGGGGAUUUUCUAUCUGUCCUUCUCGUUUUCCUGGGAACUUCCUUGGUCUUCCUGCAACAACACGUGGAACACAGAAAACUGCGAGGAAAUCCAACGGAGGAACACGUCAAUCAACCAAACGGUGAACCCAAACUCCACCUCACCGGUCAUUGAAUUCUGGGAGAGACGGGCGCUGAGGAUUUCUCCGGGAAUCGACCAGAUGGGCUCUCUGAACUGGGACUUGGCGCUGUGUCUGCUGGUGGCCUGGGCCAUGUGCUACUUCUGCAUCUGGAAGGGGGUGAAAUCCACAGGAAAGGUGGUCUACUUCACCGCAACCUUCCCCUACCUGAUGCUGAUAGUGCUGCUGAUCAGAGGACUCACCCUGCCUGGUGCAGAGAUUGGGAUCCAGUACUAUUUGUACCCCGACUUGGGGCGACUGGCUGACCCGCAGGUGUGGAUGGACGCCGGCACCCAGAUCUUCUUCUCCUACGCCAUCUGCUUGGGCUCCCUGACGGCUCUGGGCAGCUACAACAAAUACAACAAUAACUGCUACAGAGAUUGCCUGGCGCUCUGUCUGCUGAAUAGUGGCACCAGCUUCGUCGCCGGUUUUGCCAUCUUCUCCAUCCUGGGCUUCAUGUCUUAUGAGCAGAACGUUCACAUCUCAGAGGUGGCUGAGUCUGGUCCUGGCCUAGCCUUCAUUGCUUACCCCCGGGCUGUAUCUAUGAUGCCUUUCUCCCCUUUGUGGGCCGCGCUCUUCUUCAUCAUGAUCGUCUUUUUGGGACUAGACAGUCAGUUUGUGUGCGUGGAGAGCCUGGUGACAGCCGUGGUGGACAUGUACCCUGCUGUGUUCCGCCGGAAGAACCGCAGGGAGCUCUUCCUGUUAGCCGUGGUUCUCUUCUCCUUCCUCAUGGGUCUCAUCAUGCUGAUGCAGGGGGGCAUGUACGUCUUCCAGCUGUUUGAUUACUAUGCAGCCAGCGGCAUGUGUCUCCUCUUCAUGUCCAUCUUUGAAACUGUCUGCAUCGCUUGGGUUUACGGCGCAGAUCGCUUUUAUGACAACAUUGAGGACAUGAUCGGGUACCGCCCAGGCCCGUACAUCAAAUACUGCUGGUUGUUCUUCACUCCUGCUACCUGCAUUGGAACCUUCGCCUUCUCCCUCAUUAAAUACACUCCUCUGAAGUACAACAAUGUCUAUGUGUACCCGUGGUGGGGCUACACCAUCGGUUGGCUGCUGGCCCUCUCCUCCAUGAUUUGCAUCCCCUUGUGGAUGGUGUACAAGAUCAGCACCACCCAGGGAACUCUGAAGGAGCGAGUUGUGUUACUUAUCACACCAUCCGGAGAUUUACCCAAAACCAAACGGGAGCAGGAGAGGCUGCUGGUCAUUUUUGCUCCGGAUGGAGACGCCACCAAGAAUUCAAACAGCUACGCCCCCGUCCCAGAAACAGACUCCAGCGUGUGAAGAUGGAGAAAAGACCCCCCAAGUGCUGCAGCCUUUGCUUUUGUUGUCGAGGAAAAACAGCAAGUUGGUGUCAUGUUGUUUUUAAACACAAUAUGUGUGGAAGACUCUGGAGGUUUAACGUCUGUUUUCAGAGGAACAUUUUUACCACCUGACGACAAAAAAUAAAAAAAAGAGUACGAAAAGUUCCAUUCCCCUAUUAAUAAUUGUUUUUAAGAGUAAAAAGUUUUUUUUAAUACAAAUGACAACAUGAUAUCUGUAUGUAGUGAACAUUUUUUUAGAAAAAUAACUGAUUUUUUAAGAAGAGUUAGCAAAAAAGACGAAACCAUAAAGUUGUCUUAGAAAAUGUAAGGAACUUGUUUGGGAUUUUUUUCUCUUUUGUUACACAAAAAAGUGACUGUGACUGUAAAUGACCCCUAGCUGUACAUUUGAGUGUGUUUCUGAGGCCCUACAACAGACUGGUGAUCAGUCCAGGGUGUACCCCGCCUUCACCCAACAGUAGCUGGGAUAGGCUCCAGCAACAUCGUGACCCCAAAAGGGAUUCAGUGAGUUAAAAAAAUAAAGACAAAUGUGAAAAAUAAAGAGUUAACCUUGACAUGUUUUGAUUGCUGGCUUCCAGUCUUCAUCAGAAGGUUUUGCGCUCAUGACUCAGCUGUUGCAGGUCUUUUCGAGUGACCACGCCCCCUUCUCUGGCGGAUUGUGGACCUCAGAGAAGAACAUCCUGAGUUGGUGAUGUCUUGGUUUCUGGUGUUUUUUCUGCCUUUCUUGGAUUCUGUAGCUUCUUACUUCUUUCAGUCCCGAUUGCUUUUGCGUUCUUCCAGUCUAUAUUUGAUUUUGCAUGGAUCUAAUGUUCCUUAUUUGAGGGUUUUCUUCUUUGUUUGAUCUUGAUCUGUUGUCUUCUUCUCAUGUUUAUUUUUCUUCUUCUUCUACUUUCUUGUGCUGAACAUAGUUCCAGUUUCUGUUAAAUCAAUUAGAACUUUGAACAAUCAGAGACUCGGAUUCGUUAGUGACGUGUGGAUGGCGUCCCUUUUGCUUCACGGAAGUUUUAACCAUUUCAACACUGAUCAUGGAGGCGAAAAUAAUAAAUGGGGUUUAUGCCCAGUUGGAAUUAUAUGACACCAAGUCUCACAUGUAUUGGAAUGGAGCUGUGAGAGAAAAGGCCUGCAGCAAGAUUCAUGAGAUAUCCACUGCUUUGAUAUUUCACAUCAAGCCUCUUCCAGCUGUGGGUUCAUUUUUUCUAAUCCAUAAAUCUAGUCCAGAGUGAGAGUCUGAAUUGGGUUGAUGCUGCUUUGGUGGCUGUUAGUUCCAGUCUUCCAUAAUACCUAAUAGAGUGGUCGACCUCUGAUUUGAAGGUCACACGUUUGGUUUGGUAAUUUGUUUGAUUAUCGUUGGGCAAAAACCCUGAACCCCACAUUGCUCCUGGUGGUUAUAGGUUGGCGGCAGUGUUCAGCCGCGGAGCUACAAUCUGUGUGUUUGAAUGGAUGAACAGGACUGUGACUGUAAAACGCUUUGGGCCUUCUAAUAAGGUAGCAAAGCAUACGUUUCCAUACGACAGCAUAUGACAUUUAUCACGUCUCUCCCCAUUUUUUAAUUCACAAAAUUGUGAAGAUAUAUACUGUAAGGUGUGUGCUUUUUCAGUGUUUUAUCCAUUUUUUUUUACAUUUUUCCUGAACAGUUCGCAGUGAGACGUCAAUUAGGGGUUCAGUGAAUGGUCAAAAUGGACGCCGAAACUUCUGAUGAAGACUAGAGAAAAGCGGGAAAAACACAUCAAUGUAAACUAAUCCUUAUCCUUUAAUUUGUCAGACAAAAACAAGAAAAAAAACACAUAUGAACAAAACUGUUUACCUAAAGGACUAACAUGACAAACUGUAGUUCAAUUUAUGUAAUAUAAUACAACUGUACAAAGAACCUGCUUAUUGUAAGUAACUUUAUGAUUAAAACUUUUUGUUGUUGUUUUU